UCUAUUUUUAAAAUUACUUUUUAUCGUUAUCUAUAUUAAACCUUUAAUUUGACCUUUUCUUUUGUUUUGUUAAAUUAGCACAUUUUGUUUAGCCUUUAGUGUUAAAAUGGUAAACGCAAGCCUAGCUUACGAAAUAUUACUUUAUAUAAAUUCGUUUUAUUUCGGUCUAUUUGCUACUUGUGAACUUGGUACAUUAAUUCUGAAAUCCGUAUUGAUCAUAGAAAAGUAUGAUGUAGACAAGGAUCCCACAAAAUUAGGUCAGGAUUAUGGCGUGUUAUUGGGACUCUUUAUUGUGGAAGCCGCUAGACUCAUACUAGGUCGUAAGGGCAGUCUUAGCGAAAGAGAUGUACCAGUAAUGUUCUCAGUGCUGCUAACAGUUCCUUCUAUCGUUGGUGUGCUGUACCUACUGAUAUGGCAAGUAGUGGUCCUAAGAAUAGAAUACAUUUGGUGCACACUGAUGCUGUCAUUGCAAAUGUUGGAGUUCACAUUUGCAUCAAUGUUUGUUGUCACUAUGUGCAGAGGGCCAUCUUAUGAUUGAUAUAUACCAAUAUAUAGGUAUUACAUAUUCAUGUAAAAAUAAAAUCAGGCCAUCAUAAAAUUCAGAUUUACUCUUCAAUUAAUAAACUAUUUAUUAUAUUUAUUUUUUAGAUAAUAAGUUUUAAAAGAUCUAAUUUUAAUGUUUUAUUUUAAAAAAACUGUCACUUUUAUGUAUGUCCAAUGAGCAGUAAUUGCUGCUAUUGCAUUUAUUUACUUGCCUACAAAAAUAUUUUAUAUUACAUAGAAUUUGUUUUAUAUUACAGCUUUAAUGCAUGCCUAUUGCAGGAAUACUGUCUGUUUCGUUAUUAUCGUAAUAUUCUUAAAAAUUAGUUCUAUCUAAAUUU